UGAGGACCUCUCCAGGAACCCAACAGUCCUCUCCAUUCAUUCAUCCAUCCAUCCAGCCAGCCAUCCAUCUAUCCAUAGAGCCGCUCCUCUCUCCGGAGAGAGAGUGUAUCCUCGGCGAAGGUGGAGGCGAAGAGUAGAGUGGCACAUCUACCAUCGUCUAUCGGCAGAGUCCAAGGACUUGAAGACCCUCUGGGUGAUUUCAGUCGGCCGCCGGCCGGCUCUGCCGGCCACUCCUCAUCCACGUGUUUUUAUUUUAUAUUCCUUGGUCAAUUUGUACAACUAAACAGUGUUUAACGUGAGCCCAAGUGUUACUGUGAACUGACUAAAAUUGUGCGGAUAUGGGACACGUGCAACUUCUUACUCCAGGGACCAGGACGUCUGAUGACAGCAAGCCGGUAUUGGCUUUAGCUACUCAAUAUUUACAUCUAGUGAGUUGUUUUUAUUGUUGUAAUAUUAAGUACUUUGGUGAAAACAGUGAAAAUUACAUUACAAUAGUGCAAAGUGCAUGGUGAUUAACUCUAAGGAUAUCUUCAUUUUGACUACAUACUAUUAUUGGUAAUAUAGUAUAUAGCUACUGACUAAAAACAGUUUAUUUUUUACAAUACGGUGUACUAUUAAAGAGUGAAUAUUUUUUAGCUUUUUUUUUCUUCAACUGAAACAAUAAUAAGUAAGUUUAAAUAAGCAGGUAUCUAUAAAGAAGAUGAGACUAGAUCAGUUGGUAAUUUAAUAAUCACAUAGAACCUUAAAAAUAAAUACCCUGAAGUAUUUGGACGGCGUUAAGUUCGCCGAGAUGAGCGGCGGCAGUGGUGGAGGUGGAAAUGCUGGCAAUCAAGGUAGCAAUAAUGCUACAAGUUAUCAUCAACAUCAGCAACAGCAAAGCCAAUUGGAACAAACCGGUCUACUGCCGGACCUCAAUGGCGUUGAUUUGGCGAUGAGUUUAUCCCCAAAACAGCAUACAUCUCACGUACAAGGUGGUGCACAUUCGACACCGUUUAGUGUAACAGAUAUUUUGUCGCCAAUUGAAGAAUCUUAUCGUAAAUUAGAGCUUGCAGCAGCAGCAGCCGCCGUCGGGGUUGGAGUUGGUGUUGUAUCACACCCUCAAGGCUCGCCUUAUACAAACGCUUGUGGCGCUAGAGUUGGUGGUAAUACAGGAAGUUCAAGCGCUAGUAGUGGAAGUCCACCGCUUCACGGUGGUUCAACACCAGGAGGUAGUACACCCGGCCCUAUUAGCGGUGCAAACGGUAGUGGUGGAGCCGGUACGGCUAUUGGAAAUGGUGGAAUGAGUGCCAUGGGUAAUCCUUAUGCUACAAUGCAAUUAACCUCACAGUAUCAAUAUUGUGCCGCUGAGUUAUCGCCUUAUCAUCAUGCUGGGCCAGGCGUUGGUGCUGGUGGUUCGGCUUCAGAUCCAAUGCGAUCUCAUGCUGUGUCGUCACAUCAUCAUCCGUGGUAUGCACCUGCACCACCCACCACCAACGAUCCACGAUUUGCCAUAUCGCGGCUAAUGGGGGCUGCGGGUGCUGGGACCAAUAUGGCAGGAUGUUCUGUUGGCCAGUCAAUGUCUGACGUUGGCAAGUCAUCAGGAAUGGGUGUAGGUGUUGGCGUUGGCGUCGGUGUUGGUAUGGGUGUCGGUGCGAUGCAAUUUCCCCUGGCACAGCGACGGAAACGACGUGUUCUCUUCACUCAAGCACAAGUUUAUGAAUUAGAAAGGCGAUUUAAACAGCAAAAGUACCUCAGUGCACCUGAACGUGAACAUUUAGCUUCACUUAUUCAUCUGACACCGACACAGGUUAAAAUUUGGUUCCAAAAUCAUCGGUAUAAAUGCAAAAGACAAGCGAAGGAGAAGGCUAUGGCUGAACAAAAUGCACAAAAUCAGAGUGCGAGUUCGCCCCGUCGGGUAGCAGUCCCAGUCCUGGUAAAAGAUGGAAAACCAUGUGGUAGUGGUGGUGGGGGUGGAAAUGAAGGCAGCCGGGGUGGACCUAGUGCAGCGUUGGCAAGUCCGGCUCCGCACAUGACAGCAGCUUCGAGUCCCCAUGGUACUCACCAUGGCGCAAGUGUAUCCCAUCAUUCAGUAGUUGGUGUUAGUCAUGUAAUGUCUUCUAGCCAAAGUCUUCAGCAUUGUUCUUAUACAAGGGCUGGCGCCCAGCAAGGCAUGCAACAGCAACAACAAGCUCAAUGUGGGGCUUACUUACCAUUGCAGGGUAGAGCCUGGUAGUGCGCGCCAUCCGCGGCGGGGGCCG